AUGUCUAAUAGAAAGAUAAGAACAAAAGUACCACCAUUUUAUAGUGUACAUGAUGAUACUUUUUAUCAUGGUCCAGCAUGGGUAAUUAAACCAAAAAUAUUUCAAUCAAAAGAAAAAUUUAUACAAAAACCUGGUCCUGGUUAUUAUCAUAUACCAGAUAGAUCUAUCUAUAUUCGACCAGGUAAAACAAUCGGUAGUCGAUAUGAAACAACUCCACCUAUAUCAACUAAUUUAUUAGCACAUUAUAAUCCUAAUGAUCAAUAUAUAUCAAAUGCUAAAAUGCCUGCAAUAUCUAUUACACCACGUCGAAUAGAAUAUAAAAAUAAAUCUAAUUAUUCGGGACAAUUUUAUUUACCAUCAGAUUCAAUGUAUCAUCGUCGAGCUCCUCUUAUUCGAUCUUUAUAUGGUCAAAUAAUUUCACGAAAACCUUUACAUAAUAAAUCUCUAUCAAUUUCACCUGGUCCAGCUGCUUAUCCAAUGUAUAAAUUUGAUGAAGAUAUUUUAUCACGAUCACAACCUGGUUUUACACAAAAACAUCGUUUUUCAUCUGAUCGAAUAAAAUUUAGUUUAAGUAAUAAUGUACCAUUUUAUUAUUCAAAUAAAAUUGAUCGUCAUCGAUUACCUUUGUUUACUAUUGGCAAACGUCUGUCUACAUCGAAAAAAAUCAAUUCAUGUGCACCACCUUAUUAUAAAUCAUUCGAUGACAAUAAGUUAUGCUCAAGUAUUAUACAACCAGGUGUAACAUUAAAAGGACGUUGGAAUCCAUUUAUCUAUAAUGGUAUUAACCACAUACCAAAAACUAUAAUUAAACUUACUCAACAUCAUCCAAUAGUAACCGAACAAAAACAUUAA